AUGGGUCCCAAAGGAGCUUUCCUGACCCCUCUUUCCCCUUCUUGGACCUCAAAUGAUCCUCAGAGUGGGUGCCCUGUGUGGAGGAUGUCUGGGCUUUUUGAACUAUUGAUCUGUGCAAACUAUAAAGUAUGGAGGUGGACGAGUAAUAAAGCAUGUGAGAGGGCUCUGCAAUAUAAAGUAGGAGAAAAAAUCCAUGGAUUUACCAUAAACCAGGUAACACCUAUUCCUGAACUAUUCCUAACUGCAGUGAAGCUCAGUCAUGACAACACAGGUGCUAGAUACUUACAUCUGGCAAGAGAAGACAAAAAUAAUUUAUUUAGUGUACAGUUUCGAACAACUCCAAUGGAUAGUACUGGUGUUCCACAUGUUCUUGAGCAUACAGUUCUUUGUGGUUCUCAGAAAUAUCCUUGUAGAGAUCCUUUCUUUAAAAUGUUAAAUAGGUCAUUAUCGACUUUUAUGAAUGCCUUCACAGCUAGUGAUUAUACUCUGUAUCCGUUUUCCACACAAAAUCCCAAGGAUUUUCAGAAUCUCCUCUCAGUGUAUUUGGAUGCAGCCUUUUUUCCAUGCUUGCGGGAACUGGAUUUCUGGCAGGAAGGAUGGAGACUAGAACAUGAGAAUCCAAGUGACCCUCAAACACCCUUGAUCUUUAAAGGAGUUGUUUUUAAUGAAAUGAAGGGAGCAUUUACAGAUAAUGAGAGGAUAUUCUCACAGCACCUUCAAAAUAGACUUCUUCCUGACCACACUUACUCAGUGAUCUCUGGUGGUGAUCCAUUAUGCAUCCCAGAUCUUACAUGGGAACAGCUUAAACAAUUUCAUGCUACUCAUUAUCACCCGAGUAAUGCUAGGUUCUUCACUUAUGGUAAUUUUCAGUUAGAAAAGCACCUGAAACAAAUUGAUGAAGAAGCACUGAGUAAAUUUCAGAAAAUUGAACCAAGUACCAUGGUGCCAGCUCAGAAGCCUUGGGAUAAGCCUAGGGAAUACCAAAUAACAUGUGGCCCUGAUUCACUUGCUACAGAUUCCUCUAAACAGACAACAGUUAGUGUCAGCUUCCUCUUACCAGGCAUCACUGAUGCAUUUGAAUCCUUCACAUUAAAUCUUUUGUCUUCACUCUUGAUUGGUGGACCCAAUUCUCCUUUUUACAAAGCCUUAAUUGAAUCUGGACUUGGCACAGACUUUUCUCCUGAUGUUGGAUAUAAUGGCUACACAAGGGAGGCCUACUUCAGUGUAGGCCUACAGGGAAUUGCAGAAAAAGAUAUUCAAGUGGUCAAAAAUAUUAUUGACAGAACAAUUGAUGAAGUCAUAGAAAAAGGAUUUGAAGAUGAUCGAAUUGAAGCUUUGCUUCAUAAAACUGAAAUACAAAUGAAACAUCAGUCUACCAGCUUUGGACUUACACUGACAUCAUACAUAGCUUCUUGCUGGAAUCAUGAUGGCGACCCUGUGGAACUCUUGAAAUUAGGAAAUCAAAUGGUUCAAUUCAGGCAGUGCCUUAAGGAAAAUCCACAAUUUUUGCAAGAAAAAGUAAAACAAUAUUUUAAGAAUAAUCAACAUAAAUUGACUUUAUCAAUGAAACCAGAUGACAAAUAUUAUGAGAAGCAAACACAGAUGGAAACAGAAAAACUAAACCAAAAGGUCAAUUCUCUUUCCUCAAAAGACAAGGAACUGAUAUAUGAAAAAGGUUUAGAAUUACGGACUCAGCAAAGUAAACCUCAAGAUGCCUCUUGUCUGCCAGCAUUAAAAGUCUCAGAUAUUGAGCCUACCAUACCAUUUACUGAGUUGGAUGUAGCAUUUGCAGCUGGAGAAAUCCCUGUUCAGUACUGUGCCCAACCCACCAAUGGUAUGGUAUAUUUCAGAGCUUUUUCUAGUUUAAACACACUUCCUGAAGAGCUAAAGCCAUAUGUACCUCUCUUCUGCAGUGUCCUUACCAAGCUGGGCUGUGGCAUUCUUAACUAUCGAGAACAAGCUCAACAAAUUGAACUGAAAACAGGAGGAAUGACUGUUUCUGCUCACGUGCUCCCUGAUGAUUCACAUCUAGAUACCUAUGAGCAGGGUGUGCUUUUUUCAUCUCUUUGCCUUGAUCGAAAUCUACCAGACAUGAUGCAUUUGUGGAGUGAAAUAUUUAACAAUCCGUGCUUUGAAGAAGAAGAACACUUCAAAGUAUUAGUGAAAAUGAGCGCCCAAGAGCUGUCCAAUGGAAUUUCAGAUUCUGGUCAUCUGUAUGCAUCAAUUAGAGCUAGUAGAACCCUCACGCCUGCAGGAGACCUACAUGAAACCUUUAAUGGAAUGGAUCAGGUCAGGUUAAUGAAGAGAAUUGCAGAAAUGACAGACAUCAAACCAGUCCUGAGAAAGCUCCCACGUAUCAAGAAACAUUUAUUAAACUGUGAUAAUAUGAGAUGUUCAGUGAAUGCUACUCCUCAGCAGAUUUCUCAGACGGAAAAAGUAGUAGAAAGCUUCAUUAAAGACCUUGGGCGAAGUAAAAAAGAACGAAAACCUGUCCGUCCACAUGUGAUUGAGAAGCCUGCACAUAAUGCAUCUAGUGAAAGUGCUGAUGUUAAUUGUUCCCAAAUCAUAAGGAAGCUAAUCACAGACCCUACUUUCAAACCUUGUCAGAUGAAGACGCAUUUUCUGCUUCCUUUCCCAGUGAAUUAUGUUGGGGAAUGUGUUAGAACUGUUCCUUACACAGACCCAGAUCAUGCCAGUCUUAAGAUCCUUGCACGUUUGAUGACUACUAAAUUCUUACAUACAGAAAUUCGAGAAAAAGGUGGUGCUUAUGGUGGAGGUGCUAAACUCAGCCAUACUGGAAUAUUCACUUUUUACUCUUACAGGGAUCCAAACUCAAUAGAAACUCUCCAGUCCUUUGGGAAAGCUGUUGACUGGGCCAAAUCUGGAAAAUUCACACAACAAGACAUUGAUGAAGCAAAACUUUCAGUGUUCUCAGCUGUUGAUGCUCCCGUUGCUCCUUCAGACAAAGGUAUGGAUCACUUCUUGUAUGGGCUCUCUGACAAGAUGAAGCAGACACAUAGGGAACAACUCUUUGCUGUUAGCCAUGACAGACUUAUCGAUGUCAGCAAUAAGUACCUUGGCAUUGGGAAGUGCACACAUGGGUUGGCUAUACUUGGACCAGAGAAUGUAAAAAUUGCUAAAGAUCCAUCAUGGAUAAUAAGAUAA